AGCCAUUUGGUUUCAAGUCCCGCACCGACCCAGCGCACCCUUUGUGUGGCCACAAUGAAGCGCAGCUUGGCGUGCCUUGAGUGGCUGGUCCACGGCGAUGUCGAGGCCCGCUCCAGGGAGAACCACAUGGACGAAGUCUUGAGGAAAGUGCAGAAGGACCGAGCGACAAUGAUCUCGAAGUUGUUGGGUCUGCCGGAGGUGAAGCAACCCAAAACAGCGCUGCUGAAAGCAAAAGCGUUGCUGAAGAACCUCGAUGAAGUGCGUUCGGACUGUCUGUGUGAGAAUGACACGGCGUGGAAGAAAAUUAUCCAGCUCUCGCUAAAGGAGAGUCGCUCCACGGAUGACGCAAAGGAGCUUGCUUUCCUCAUGGCCCAAAAAAGGCAGUCUGAAUAUUUGGCAGCGCACUCCAAGAAUCUGCACCUUCUAGACGUGCUCCCAUACUUAGACAAUGACGUGGUGGAACAGAUCCGCGAGAAUUUCAAGCUUCGAUGCCACUUCGCAUACUUGCAGUCCGGCAACAAUUGGGUUUCUUCAGGCCAAGAGGGUGCCGCGCCCAAGAGAGGCUCCCUGGCGGAAGCGCAGGACCCCGAACUAGAUCAAGUCACCAAAGUCUUGGUAGACAAGUUGGAGCGUGCAUGGGAUGAGAGCCGAGAAUUGGACACAGCGAAAAAGCUGCGGGACCUUUACACAGAGCAGAAGGAGAUCCAGAAGCUAAUGUGCCUCUUCCAAUCGCAGCCAGCCCUCUUAGAUGACGACUAUGCAUCCACAGUGGAAGAAGGCACGGCACGAUGUUUGGCGCAGGAGUUCUCAGAAACGCACAACAAGCCCGCUGCUCUUUCCUGCCUGACGAGCAACCUUGCCACGUUUUCCUUAACACUUGGCAAACGAUGCCAAGCAAUGACAGAGUUGGCCCAAGCCUGUGAAUACUACCGACUUGCACACAAAUUCGACCCCGACGAGGCUGUGGUGAAGCCGAACGCGUGCCUGUGCGAGGUUUUGCUGGAGCUCCAGCGAACUGAUCACUUCGUAGACAAAGAAGAACUCCGGGAGGUCUUGGCUCUCGCAAGCCGCUGGCAGAUCAUGGUGCAACUGUGGCCUUUGAUUGGCGGACCGCCCCACGAUGCGCUUCGGUCCUGGCAGACACAGCGAAUCAGCCUUCUGGCAGAAGAGGCCAAGCGGUCAAAAGAGAGCUCAGCAGCGGACAUUUUCUUGUACCUCUCCCAGCGUCAGGACGCAGAAGGAUCAAAGCAGAUGGCCUUUGAGAGCGCGAAGCAAGCAUACACACUCGGAGCGUCCUCCGCUCAAGAAGACCUCGCACGCUUGGCCUUGGAAGUUGGCCGUGUGAAAGAUGCGACCGACACCAUUCUGAAGUCCAAGUUUGACGAAGAGGCCCAGUCUGCCAUACAGGCAUGCAUGAGCAUGAUGAUGGCCUACAGCGACCAGGCGCGGGGCCGACCGGGGCGACCGGAGCCCUCGCCACAGCCAGAGGAGCCAUCACCCGCUUCCUGGAGUGACAAGGCGCAUGGAAAGCGUGCCGGCCAGCUGCGCGAGCAGCAUCCGGGCUACGUGCCGACGAUUUGCUCACCAGCAGUGAAUCCUCUUUGCGAAUUUCCGAUGACAGAUUUCUUCAAAAAGCCGUGGAAGUUUCUUCAGAAGGAAGAGUAUACCGUGCUGGAUCUGAAGAAGAAGAUUGAGAAGCGCUUGUCAGAAGCAGGCACUUUGCCACCGAUUCUGGGUUCAGCCUCGGAACUCCGGCCACCCCUGGCCGAUGCCGAAAGGAUCGGCCGGCUGUUUGAAAGGCACCAGCGGCAAAGUUGUCUUCAUUUGCAUUAUACGCUUGACAAGCUUCCCCAUGGUGGGACUCGAUUGGAACUCUUUGCCGUCUGAGCGUAGCAUAAACAUGUUACAUUCAACUUUCGACGAUCUUGCAGUUUUUUAGCGGCCUCUGCGGAGGUUUCAAUUAAGCCUUGGAAGAUUGCACCACUCCUAUGUUGCUGUGGCGCCAAGAAACCUUGGUCCGUGCAUAUAGGAUUCACAAUUAAUUGAUGAUGCACAUGCAUGUUCCUUUUUUAGGGCCCAUGGCAGCAUGUUUCAGGACCGCGUGUCGGAGUGAGGUGAAGGUCACCUGAUUAUUAUGCACCUUUUGGCGCAGACGUUAACCAGCUGGCCGAGUGCAGAUGCGGACUGGCUGAA